CAAGAUGGGCACCAAGAAAUUUGAGGAUACCAAUUUUGAAAAGAUGGGAGUUAAUUAUGAGGACAUCUUUGCAACAUGCAAAGAAGCUUCACAGCUUAUGAGAAGGCUUAGAGGGAGGAUACUUAUUUACGAUAUCCUCAGUAUCUUCCUAUUAUGAGGCUUACUUUGGGUUAUGCUAGCUAUUUGAAUUAUUUUAGGGAUUUUUAUCGGAUUUAUCUGGGGUACUCUCAUCUUUUUAGCUUAUGCAUGAGCUGUUGGCAAUUUUGCAUUUUGGAGCAGAAGGAAAUCAACAAGAUAUCUGAGAAUUGCUCAUUUUGUACUUGCUGUGUAUCUUAGAGCUGAAAAUAAUAGGUUUUAUAUGAAUAAGCAUGUAAUGCUAAGACCUGGGUAUUGUGCUAAAUGGAUAGAAUUUAUUAUUGAUCGAAAAUAUAUGCCUCGAGACCUUAAGGAAGAACUAAAUAAUGAGCAAAAUCAAGAUAUGGAUGAGAUGGACAUGAAUAUAAUGGAAAGAAAUUUAGCUGUUGGAAAUGCGAGAAGGCGGUCAGAAAGAAUACUUAUGCAAAAUGAGCAUUAUUUGUCAUCCUCAAGUGAAGAAGAUGAUUAAAGAUUAAUUCGAACUUUUAUAUUUUCAAUCUA